AGCUUGACCUUACAAACGAGCAUACUGCAUCACUGUGAGAAUUGGUGUUUCUGGGCGGUGCAAAGUGGAGUAGAGCACAUCAGAGUGCAGGGUAUCUGAGAACAGCAGAGCACAGAGAGGCAGGCACAUCCGCCGCUGGAGGGAUCAAAUCUGUACCAUCUGACGCUCAAGGAUUUAUGGGUUUAGUCAAAAUUGCUUUUCCCACUGUGCAGAUUAAGCACCGUAGGAUGUUUUCCACUCAGGCCGUAGAAUAGCCCAGUGUGCUGCUGUUGCUGCUGCUGCUGUUGCUGUUGCUGUUUUUCUCCUUCUUAUCGGCUCAGGCACUGGAGAAGGGAAUGUAUCAGGAAGGCAGAGUGCCCCAAACCCUGGAGGGGAGUGGAUUCUGAUUGACAGGAGAAGUCCGUCCUCUGGGGAAUGUGAACCAUGCAGGUGGAUGCGGUAUUUGUGCUCUUCUGUGUUUGGCUGGCAGGCACAGCUGGGAAGAUGGUUCAGUCGAGAGGUCAUAAGCUGGAAACCUACAAACAAAGCAGGUUGCGAAGAGACACCAGGAUGGAUGGCGGAGGAGGAGGAGGUCACAAAUCUGGAAGCCCGAUUUAUAAGCGAAGCCCAGACAUGACAAAAUCUCUGAUGACAAAAUCUGAGCAGCUCCUGAGAAUAGACGACCACGAUUUCACCAUGAGACCAGCAUUUGGAGGUCCCCCAAUUCCUGUCGGUGUAGAUGUUCAGGUUGAAAGUCUGGAUACCAUCUCAGAGGUGGACAUGGACUUUACCAUGACCCUGUACCUGCGUCACUACUGGAAGGACGAGCGGCUUUCGUUUCCAAGCACCAACAACCAGAGCAUGACCUUCGACAGUCGCCUGGUGAAAAAAAUUUGGGUUCCUGACAUGUUCUUUGUUCACUCCAAGCGCUCUUUCAUCCACGACACCACCACUGACAACGUCAUGCUGAGGGUUUAUCCCGAUGGCAAUGUUCUUUACAGUCUCAGAGUCACCGUCACUGCCAUGUGCAACAUGGACCUCAGCCGCUUUCCCCUGGACACGCAAACCUGCUCACUGGAGAUUGAGAGCUAUGCGUACACGGAUGACGACCUGAUGCUAUACUGGAAGAAAGGAAACGAAUCUCUGAACACAGACGACAGAAUAUCCCUGUCCCAGUUCCUCAUCCAGAAAUUUCACACCACCACCAAGCUGGCUUUCUACAGCAGCACAGGCUGGUACAAUCGUUUGUACAUCCACUUCACCCUGCGGCGCCACAUCUUCUUCUUCCUGCUGCAGACUUACUUCCCUGCUACUCUGAUGGUUAUGCUGUCCUGGGUGUCCUUCUGGAUUGACCGCAGGGCUGUACCUGCCAGGGUACCACUAGGCAUCACCACCGUGCUGACCAUGUCCACCAUCAUCACUGGGGUCAAUGCCUCAAUGCCUCGGGUCUCCUACAUCAAGGCUGUGGACAUUUACCUCUGGCUUCCGUGUACAUGUGGCAUAGGCAACCCUGAUGAGAUGAUGAUCGACCCCCAGAUCACUGGAUAUGGGUCUACGGAUAUCAACAUCACAGGAAAUUAUGGGAUGCCGGAGAACGGGGGCCGACAGGAACGAAUUUUGGCCCAGGUGGCACUGAAUGACCCACAGAUCACAGGCCAGGUGAAGGCAUCCAGAGGCUACGUUAACAUCUGGAUAGACACCCAUGCCAUAGACAAGUACUCAAGGGUCGUCUUUCCUGGAGCCUACAUCCUCUUUAAUAUCAUCUAUUGGUCCAUCUACUUGUAAUGUGGGGUGCAUGGAAUGCUGUGUCAUCCAUGCUGGGACAACAGGAGCUCAGCUCAGGAAAGAUGAUGCCACACUUGAAGCGUUUGAGACAGAGAAACUGCUCGUGAGAUGCAUGGGGACGACUAACAGAUUGGUGACCAUUGCCUUCUUGACCCAGCCACUUAAAACUGAUGAGUUUUAAAAGAAAAUGAGUGACCAACAAACAGGAAGUCAUUGAUACUGUCACUCCAUCAAGUCUCUGGUUUCAUGCUGUAUCUAUAGUGUUGCUGAUAGAAAGACGUCCGAGGACGCAGAGAUGCACGUACGUGGACUUGUGUCACUCUUCAGGCUAACUCCUUUCAGUUCUCGAUGCAGUGACUCCAACCACACGUUCAAAACUGAAAGUGUGAGCUGAAAACACAUUGACAUUGGCUGCCAUCGACAGCAAAUGGACAGAUCCUUUUCCUGUUCAUAUAAACUACACCUGACAAUCAAUGAGAGAUUAAAAAUUUUCAAGGGAAUAAUUUAACAUGUUGAGAAAUGUGUUUACUUGUUAACUAGUGGAGAGAAAAUUGAUACCACUUUCAUAUUUGUAAUUAGCAACUUAGCUUAAGGUUAAAUAGCCAUGGUACUUGUUUCUGUCCAAUAUUAAACUACCAGCACCUCUAUAGCACCUGCACUAAUUUAUAAGUUUUGAAUUAAUUCAUAUAAAAACUACCAUAAACGCUAGGUUUAAUGGGGGGGUGCUGCAGUUUCUCUGCAUGCCUAGCUAACACCCAGAGGCAAGAAAGAGUCUGGCAAUCAAAUUCCCAGCAGAAUGGCAAUUUUUAUACAGAUUUAAAAAAAAAACAAAAAACUAAAUAACAACAACUACCCAUAGCUUGUUAAUUAGUGAGCUUUUGAGGUGGUGGUUGGCAGAUUUUGCCCAGCUGCUUCCCCUGUUUUCCCCAGCCUGGUGUGCUCAGCUCAGCUGUUUUCUGGCUAGAGCUUCAGAUUUACUGCAGACAUGAAAGUGAUAUCAACGCACUCUUCAAACUCUGCAUGAAAGCAAAUGAACAUCAUUUGAAUUUAAGUACUUUAAAAAAAAAAAAAGAAAAAAAAAAAAAAAGAUAAUUCAGAGCAUUCUUAUUCUUGAACUUCCGCGUUUCCUUUGCAGCAUGUUAAUGCAAUUCAGUUUAGCUUCAAUUUUCUUGUGAAAUUUGUAUAAAUGCAGUUAAUUUGCUGUCAAGCUGCUGCGUUCCAUUUGUGUGAAUGGACGAACUUGAGUACAAGAAAAAGCAAAGUAAUGCAGUCUAUUAAAAUAACAAAUGUAAAAAAUGUAUGUUUAGAAGUCCCAUGCACUGACUAUGAUAUUAACUUUUUUUUUAAUGUUCUUAUUUCUUCUUUUUUUUUUUAAUACAACUGAAGCUCAUCUCCUCUGUUUGGUGUUGUGAGGCUUUGAGGUUCACUGUGACCUGUUAGUUGCUAGUUUUAUUGUCUUUUUCAGCUUAAAAACAACUUUAUACUUUGUUAGGCAAAAGAUAUUUAAAAAAAAAAUAUUACAGAUAUUAAAAAAAUGUUAUGUAUGGGAAAAUGUUUAAUAAAUGUUUUGGUUUCU